GGUAGAUUUGACGUGCGUGGAUAGAGUUGUAUGCGUGACCAGGGUCCGCCAUCGCACAUGGCGAGGGACCUGAUCGGGCCGGCGCUGCCGCCUGGCUUCAAGGCCUGCGGGUCAGCGGAGGACAAGGAGCGGGACCCGAGCCCAGUUGCAGGACCAGCUCUGCCCCCUAAUUAUAAAAGCAGCAGUUCAGAAUCAUCAGACAGUGAUGAAGACAGCAGUUCUUUGUAUGAAGAAAGAAAUCAAGAAUCUGAAGAGGAUGACACUGGUCCAACUGCAAGAAAACAAAGGCGAAAUCAGGAUGACAAUGAUGAUGAUGAUGGUUUUUUUGGACCAGCCCUUCCUCCUGGAUUUAAAAAACAGGAUGAUUCUCCUCCAAGGCCUAUAAUAGGUCCUGCAUUGCCACCUGGUUUUAUUAAAUCUACACAGAAAAGUGACAAAGGCAGAGAUGAUCCAGGACGACAAGAAUCAUCGUAUCUCAACUCUGAGGAAACAGAUAGCAGUGAAGAUGAGGACAUUGUUGGACCAAUGCCUGCAAAAGGACCAAUUAACUAUAGUAUAACGACAGAGUUUGAAAAAAGGGCCCAGAGAAUGAAAGAAAAACUGACUAAAGGAGAUGAUAAACACCAAUACUUUCUUUCAACAAGAGAGUCAUGGAUGACUGAGCUUCCUCCAGAAAUGAAAGACUUUGGUCUUGGGCCAAGGACUUUUAAGAGAAGAGCUGAUGACAGGUCUGGAGAUCGAUCAAUCUGGACAGAUACUCCAGCUGACAGGGAAAGGAAAGCUAAGGAAACACAAGAAGCAAGGAAGUCAUUCAGUAACAAGGAUGAAGAAUAUACAUUGACAGGAAGGGAUAAGAGAUUGGCUGAGCAGGUAUCCUCAUACAAUGAAUCAAAAAGAUCAGAAUCUCUUAUGGACAUUCAUAAUAAAAAGUUAAAGAAUAAGGCUGCUGAAGAUAAAAAUAAGCCCCAAGAGAGAAUACCAUUUGACCGUGAUAAGGAUCUCAAAGUUAAUCGGUUUGAUGAAGCUCAGAAAAAAGCCCUAAUAAAGAAAUCUAGGGAACUAAACACCAGGUUUUCACAUGGCAAAGGCAAUAUGUUUUUAUAAGUAAGUAUCUUUCAGUGAGGUAUAUUUUCAUACUGAUUAAUUUGAACUUUUCUAAAUACUCUGUUGUCUAUAAUAAUUGUAUGCUAAAAUCUAUUUCCAUUUAUAAUAGAAUACAAACCUAUCUUUUUUUAUAAGUAAACUGUGAUUUUAGAAAAGUCAGCCUUGUGAGAUAAAAAAAAAUACAGCUUACUGGAAAAAUAGCCUUGCCCUCAUAAUAACCUAAUAGGGCAUGGCUAUUAAAAAUGUUAAAAGUUCAGUUUAUGAGAAAUGGCAAAGGAAAUGUGGUGUGAACAUUUAUUGAAUAUGCAUGCUUUAUUAAAGAAUGAAGAAAGGUU